AGCCAGGCAGGAAGAGGCAGUAAUAAGAAACAUUUUUAACUUCUCCCACAUCCAGAGCUUGCCAAACCGCUGCUUUCAGCAAGAGGGAAAGCACAAGAGGGGGGCUGGAAAGAGGAUCCUGUCUCCCACUGACCCACUCGCAACCCACCCCUACACACUCCCAGCUGCCUUCAGUCCAACAGCCUCCUUCAGAUAGAUUUGACUGGAGCUCAGUUCCAGACUCAAUCUGGGAACACUGUUCUUUUUACAGUGGAAGAUCCAGGAGGGCUGGAACUGUCAUCUGGAAGGAGACCCAUGAAUCCAUCUGAAGCAAGGCGCCUGAGUCCCGUGCAGAGCUGCCCAGGGUGAUUUCAAUAAAUCCAUCUUUCCCAGAAAAUCAAACCCCACCUCAGACAUUGGUACCCAAGAGAAUUCUCUCAUCCGAGGAAGCCUCCGCCAAGGCCUGCUGAGAUACCACUGGCAGCCGAAGUCUGCUCCAUUCCACCCACAAAAACUCCUGGACAAAAUGCUUCAAGGAGUUCUCAUGGGCAUUUUCUUGAUGAUCCUGAAUCUCUCAAGAAGCUUUAUUGCUGGUGAACUGACCUGUCUUUGUGACAAACAAGGAUCAAAGUGUCGAGAAAAUUCCACUUGUUCUGGAGUGCUGUGUUUUGUAAGCAAACAUCGGGCAGCUGGAGAAAUUAUCCACAGGAUAGGAUGCCUGGAAAAGGAAUAUGAGACAUGCAGGGGCUCCAUUCUAGAAAACUUUGGCAUGAAAUGCUGCUCAUCCAACAUGUGCAAUUUGAAUCUCACCAUCCAGUUGGAAGGUGAAGGUCAGAUGGGCCUAUCUCUUAAGAACCUUCUCCUGAUGAUCUUGGUUCCACUGUUCACCAUUGUGCUCCUCGCUGUGUUGGUGGGACUUGUUUUAUGGAAAAUGUCCCAGAGUCAGCCAAGGAAAAUGCAGUUUGGAUGUGAUGAACUAGGAGACAUGGAUUUCAUCUUGAAGUCAUCUGUAAUUGGCGACAGUACCUUAGAAGAUUUGAUGGAUGAUGACUGCACCACCGGGAGUGGCUCAGGGCUGCCCUUCCUUGUCCAAAGAACUGUAGCUCGGCAGAUCACACUGGCUGAAUGUGUUGGCAAAGGGCGCUAUGGUGAGGUGUGGCGUGGUAUAUGGCAUGGAGAGAACGUGGCUGUCAAGAUCUUCUCUUCCCGGGAUGAGCAAUCGUGGUUCCGGGAGACUGAAAUUUACAACACAGUGCUGCUGAGGCAUGACAACAUCUUAGGGUUCAUCGCUUCAGACAUGACCUCCAGGAAUUCCAGCACACAGCUGUGGCUGAUCACCCACUACCAUGAGCAUGGCUCCCUCUAUGACUACCUGCAGUGCACCAUGCUUGAUGUAGAGACCUGCCUCCGCUUGGCCUCCUCCAUCAUCUGUGGGCUUCUUCACCUCCAUGUGGAGAUCUUUGGUACCCAGGGCAAGCCAGCCAUUGCUCACCGUGACCUGAAAAGUAGGAACAUCCUGGUCAAGAACAAUAAACAAUGCUGCAUUGCUGAUCUGGGUCUGGCAGUCAUGCAUUCCCAGAGCAGUGACUUCUUGGAUAUUGGGAACAACCCACGGGUGGGCACCAAGCGCUACAUGGCACCCGAGGUCUUAGAUGAACAGAUUCGCAUGGACUGCUUUGAAUCCUUCAAGCGGACUGACAUCUGGGCAUAUGGCCUGGUCCUCUGGGAGAUUGCCCGGAGGACAGUUGUGAACGGGAUUGUGGAAGAUUACAAGCCUCCUUUCUUUGAUAUGGUGCCAAUCGAUCCCAGUUUUGAAGAAAUGAAGAAAGUGGUCUGUGUUGACCAGCAGAGGCCCACCAUCCCAAACAGGCUGUACUCUGACCAGACUUUGUCUGCCUUGGCUAAGAUCAUGAAAGAAUGCUGGUUCCAGAGCCCGCCGGCCAGACUCACAGCUUUAAGGAUUAAAAAGACACUGAAAAAGCUCAGCAGCUCCUUCGACAAACCCAAACAAAACGCCUAACCUGCGGGGACCAGCUCUGGGACCAAGAGACUGAGUUUCUGAUUCACUAGCUCAGCAAGAAAGUUCAAGGUCACCCACCUCCCACUUCACUUUCCAGCCCCUGGCCUUUCUGACCUGGGUCAGUGGGGCUGACAGAGCACCAAGCAAGCAAGCCUGAAAUCUGGCCAAGAGGAUUUGGGCUUGAGCCCUCAGGACUGGGAUUGAUCCUUUGCAGGAAAAUUUCACAGAACAGAUGACAUGCUUCAGGCCUCCUUAAUUUGUUUUCUCUAGCAAUGAAAGGGCGGGGGAGCACCAACCACCCUCCCCCUCUCUCUCCCCCAGAACAUACAUUAAUAUAAAUACCCCCUGGAUCUGUAACCUGACGCCAGUCGGUCUCGCCACCAACGCCUGAAAAAUGGGAGGGAUCAUGCUUGGAAAGAGCACAGCUGCUCUGCCCAAAGGGGUGCUGCCUUGGAAACAUCAAUUAAGGGUCAUUCAUAAGCUCCUCUGUCUGUCUGUCUUUCUAUUUCUUUCUUUCUUUCUUUUCUAAAAAAAUAUUGGGUCUGUAAGAUCCACUUGUAUGUGUUAUAUCCCUGUUUGCAUGCCUGUAUGUAUACAAGCAAGGGGGAAUGCAGAUUAGGAGGCACCUACGUGCUAGAACAUGAUCAGACCAUAUGCACAUGUGUGCACAGGUUGCGUGCCAGAGCAGUUUGAGACAGGAAUGCAUAUAUAUCCCAGCGGUUUGCAGAGCUAUGAAGGCACCGGGAGUGGUGGCAUACAAAAUAUAUAGGUAGUCAUGUUGGCCACGCAUAGGUCAGGAUCUGUGGGUAGAAUGCUGGAAUCUGGUAGAACUAGGGUAGGGAGAGCCUUUCUUUGCCACUGCACCCCAGAAUUGUCUGGAGAGAGCUGGGAAAUCUCUUGGAGUUUGCUUUUUGGCAGCACAGAUGGCUAUAUUGAAGAAGGAAGGAGAAGAAAGUUCUGUGGUGGCAAUGCUAUCUGCCAUGGCUGAACCCAAGAGCAGUAUGCAUGGGGUUUCAAGGUGGCCUCUCCCGUGUAUUCAUGGAUCAAAUCCAGACCAACUUUGCUUUGGAAAGUUCCCUGCACCAGGUGCUUUCAUAGAGUACGAGCUGAAGGCUAGUGGUGUAGGAACCUCACUGGUGUGUACUGGUGAAUUUGAAGUGCAGGAUGUAACCAUCUCCACAGGUAAGCCUCAAAGGAAAACCUACAAAGGCAACUGUUUUGAGUUAUAGUAACCAACCAGUUCUAACAGUUCUUCAACAAGAGGAAGUUUUUUGAAAUGUUAAUAGAUCUUAAUUGCCCAUUCAAGGCCAAGCCACCUCAAUAUGUGUUGCAUUACAAGAGGGAUAACCCAAAAUCACACAUAAAAAGGAGGAAGAGAGGGAGUGAGAAAGAAUGUGGCAGUUUUUGUGGCUAUAAACCCCAGAUGCAGUACAGAGAAGGAUUUACAUCCAUGAAAGCUCAUGCUAAAAUAAAAACCAGUUAGUCAGAAAGAUGCUGCUACAUUCCUUUUCCCACUUUCUCCCAAAGGCCUUUAAAUAAUGAGUAUCAUGGUGGGAAGAUGACCCUUCAUGACCAAAAUAUGGGGCUUACAGUUUGAAAGAAGGGCUGGUUUGAACUUGGUACUUUAACUGUCUUGGGGGCCAUGAUGUGCAUGGGUUGGAACACUGACAUGACCCACACACCAUGUAUAUGAAUCCAAGCACAAUAAGAGUCCUAGUCCAAAAUGCUUCCAGCUCCAGGGAUGGGCUGCACAAAGUUCGUCUUUCAAACACUUGGCCUAAUGUGCACAUCAAUAGCUUGCAAAGGUGAUAUGACCUGUAUGUAGAAGAGAGAAGACAGUGUGUUGUAGUGGUUUGAGUGUUGAACUAGGACUCUAGUGUCUGACUCCUCACUUAGCCAUGGAAACCAACUGGGUGACUUUGGGCAAGCCCCACUGUCUCAGUCUCAGAGGAAUGCAAGGGCAAACCCCCUCUGAACAAAUCUUGCCAUGCAAACCCUGGGAUAAGGCCGCCUUAGGGUUGCCAUACAUCAGAAAUUAUCUGAAGGCACACAACAGUAACAUGGAAGACAACCAGUCUGGAGAGACUGUGGGAGGGAUGGAAGGGCUGCAAUAUUCUAACCAUUCCCAAGAGUGGGUUUUAAGAGUAUCCAAAGAUAAAACCGAAGACAUCAAGCAUUCAUGGGAAAGAUAUGGGAAGAUAUAUGGCAGUUUAUUCAGUUCACCUUCAAACUGUCUUUUUCAUCUCCAGGAAAUUAACCUUCUUGUCUUAAACUGUUCAGAAGUAUUUAUACUUGCACAUAAUGUACCCAUGGCAAGGCAACUGAGUAAACCUGGGUGGAAAACUUGUAAUCUCAUUUCACCAAGAAGACUCCAAGGUUGCUUUUCAAAUGUCAUUAUUUUGCACAGAAAGGGUUUUUAUAUUUAUUAAAUAUGCACCAGGAAAAAAAUAAACAAGUCACACCAU